UGGAGACUGGCUGAGGACUGGUUGCCAUGGAGAUGGUGGAGCGGACAGUUCCAAGGCUGGCAGAUGGGGGUGGGGGUGGGACAGGACAUCAAUAUGCUAAACACCCACCAACAGUUGGUCAGGACCAGGAGAGCAGGGCAGGACCCCAGACUCCGGGCUCCAGGGAUGGGCACAGGGCUGCUCGAGCUUCUGUCAGGCAUGGACCAGGCUGAGCAGGGGAGGCUUGGGAGUGGUAAUAGUGUGAUUCGGAGUCAGCGGCAGAGAGCUCAGAGUGGAGGGCAGACGGCAAAGAAGAACCGGAGGCCCCGAAGCUGGAACAAGAACGGGCAUGGCUCUGCGGAGGCUGAGGAUGUUGUUCCCUCUUCUCCUCGGAAACCCUCCUUCCCUUUCCAGUGGGCCUGGGAGAGCUACACCACAGAUGGUCAGGCUCCGCUUCGGCCUGGCUCCCUCUCCGCCCCCGCGGCCCCCCAGCACAAGUUCAGCUGUAAGUGCACUGACAGCUGUCUAGAGGCCCAUGACUUAUGCUGGAAGAUGAAGGUGCAACACCUGGAGAGGAGACAGCAGCUCCAGGCCUGGGACGUCUCCAUCCCUUCUGGCCAAGGGGAGGGCCGAGAGCUGGAGGGUGGCCUCCAGCCACCCUGCAAGAAGUCAGGGUCAGGAUCGGAGUCUGAGGAGGCUGCUGAGGAGGCUGAGAGGGGUCUGAGCUCUGGGGAACUGCCCCAGUCUCCCAGGAGGAGGUCGACUUUGGAGGAGGAAUGGUUUGCAGAGGAGCCAGAGGAGGCUGAGGAGGAGGAGGAGGAGCACAAGGCCCCCCGCAGAAGGAGGGCAGGUUCUCGGAGAAAGGGGUGGAAUUCCCGCGCAGAGGCCUCCGAGAAGAGUGAACUGCAGGGCCAAGGGAGCCAUCCCAGCUCCAGUGACCCCCAAGGACCACAGAGGAGGAAGGCAAGGGCCACGGAGCGGGAAGGGAUGUGGGACCUGGAGAAGAUGAAGAAGCAGAUAGAGCAAAACUUGGACCGUGGCCUCAAAAAGCAUCCCUGGAAGGCUUGGCGGAUUGCUAUCCAAAACUGCAACAGGAGUGGGAAGGCCCAGGCCUUGGGAGAAGAUGAGACGCCGUUUGCCAACUUAACCACCCGAACCUUCCACAAACGGCAGGAGGCCACCAGAAGCAUGCUGCAGGGCUGGGAGCGGCGGCAGCAGGAGGAGCAGCAGCAGGCUGAGCAGCGGAAGGCCCGGGAGCAGCAGGUACAGCAGCAGGUGGCCCGCUGCCUGGCAACCUAUGCACCCAGGAGUCAAGGGCUGGGGGCUGCCCAACGCAAGCUGGAGGAGCUGAGGCGCCAGGAGCGGCAGCGCUUUGCCGAGUACCAGGCCGAGCUGCAGGGCAUCCAGCACAGGGUGCAGGCCCGGCCCUUCCUGUUCCAGCAGGCCAUGCAGACCAAUGCCCGGCUCACGGUGACCCGGCGCUUCUCCCAGGUGCUGUCAGCACUGGGGCUGGAUGAGGAACAGCUGCUGGCUGAGGCUAGGAAGGGGGAUGCCAAGGGCACUUCCCGGAAACCCAGGAGCCAACGACCAAUAGGGGAGAGAAUGGAGCACUCUUCUCAGAGCCCCCCCGAGACAGGAACCACUGGCAGCCAGCCUGAGAGGCGCUUGACCCAAGCCUGGACUGAGGAUCCCAGUCCCUUAGAUAAAAAUUAAAGGCUUUAUGGAAAAUA